AAGAAGGGGACAGGUGUGAAGAGAUAGAGAGACAGAGAGACAGAGAUAGAGAGAGAAAGUGCUCGAUAGUGAUCUGUGCAGCUUCUACUCUACUACUACUACUCUACCACCAGCAGGACCAUGGAGACAGGCAGCCCCAGGAAGAUCCAGUUCACCAUGCCUCUCCUGGACUCACACCUGGACCCGGAGGCUGCUGAACAGAUCAGAAGACGUCGGCCCACCCCUGCUACUCUGGUAGCUUCCAGUGACCAGUCUUCUCCAGAGUUGCAGUUCAUGGUAGAACACCACCUGUACAAGCAGCAGCACGGUGGAGAUGAUGAGUGUUCCUCAGAGAGCUGUCUGUCAGACAGACCCAGCCCGGACACUCUGCCCACCGGAGAGGAGCUGGAGCUACCAGAGGACGAGGAGGCCUGGGGAACCGGCGACAAUGUCACUGCGGAGGCCUUCGAGAAGCUGCGCUGCCAGAUGGAGGGUAGGGUAAGGGAUGGAGGGUAA